AUGGUCAGAAAAGGAAGUAAACCAUUAGGCGAGGCGCGCCUUGACCAACCCCGAGCUCAAACAAAGGAGGACGAAACCGCGCCAUCAUUCAGCCCGCACCGAAUCACCCUUGAAACAUUCCACCACCUAUUGUCCAUUUACGAAGCAACCGUAUCGCAAGUACAUCGCCGUAAAGUGACAUUGAAGCUUCAGCCGAAACCAGCGAAGGGAUCGAAGGAAAAGGCAGGCGCGCCCGUGAUAACGAAGACGGAAUUUAAUGACUCGGAGGAGAAGCAGAUCCGCGAGCAGACGGACAAGUUCCUUGAACUUGAUCGUUGGCGCUAUGAGACUCUGCCAAAUAUUGUCGCAGAACGCAAAGCUUGCGCUGGUGAAAAGGAAGGGAAUGAGACAGAUCGGGGCUACCUGCUCAAGGAGGAGCUUGUUGAUAUCAUGGAUUGGAAGAUGAAACACGGGGUGUUCCGCCCAGCUCUUAUGGGAAUGGUGAAAAGCAAUCCUGACAAGACCGUCACCCAAUCCACAUCUACUGCAUUUGCUGUGCUGCCUGACGCAGAUCCCAUAUCCGCGCCGGCUGAGGCUUUCCCCAAGUCCAGCCUGGACGCUCUCACAUCUCCGCUGCGUGGCGUUGGUCCAGCCACCGCAUCCUUGAUUUUAUCUAUCGGCACAAUCUUCGGUGAUGCCAAUAUGCAAGUCCCCUUCUACAGCGACGACGUGUACCUAUGGCUGGUUUUAAAUGAUUUCCGCCAAUCUGCAGAUGAGGAAGAGAAGCCGUCGACAAAUAAGAAGCCUAAUGGGGAACUCAUUGCCAAAUAUAACGUGAAUGAGUAUCGUGAUCUGUGGAAUGCUGUGCAAAAGCUGAGAGCAAGAUUGAAUGCCGAUGACACAAAGGCUCAAGCAAGCAACCGUGAGCCUGUCUCGCUUGCUGAUAUUGAAAAGGUUGCUUAUGUGAUUCGAAAUAUUGCUCUAUCGGGUUUUGCUGGUCAAGGGUUGGAGACCAUAUCUCAAGAGUCAGCAAUUAUUGAACCACUUGAACCGCCAAAGAAAGAGACAGCGACGGUCGAAAUCAGUCAAAAGCGAAAGUCCGAAGCAGAUACAGCGGACGUGACUACAAAGAGACAAAGCAAGAGGCUCAAGCAAUGA